ACAGAAGGUUGCUGACAGGCUGUGCAGUGCCUGCGCCUUUAAAAGUUUUCCCGUUGCGUAGAGCUUCAUGAAUGAAGCCACAUGACAAAACAUCAUCUGACGUCUGGCCUCGGCACAAGCGCAAACAACGAGUGGGGGGAAAUUCCUUCAAUUGCAAAAGGGGGGAAGAACAGGCCCUUUGGCAGCUCGGGUCCGCGUCAAAGCCACGCCGAAGGAUCGGGGAGCUUCUCAGGACUCGGUUUGCGUGAUUGAGUGCGCCGUGGUAUGACGACUACUAACAAGGGAAACAAGGCCUUAAAGGUGAAGUGGGAGGCAGGUGAAAAUGGAGCCAGUCUCACAGAUCAGGAGCUUGUCUCUAUGUCCGUUCGAGAGCUGAACCAGCAUCUAAGGGGCCUGACAAAAGAGGAGAUCAUCCGGCUGAAGCAACGUCGCAGAACACUCAAAAACCGUGGCUACGCGGCCAGCUGUCGGGUCAAGCGGGUCACUCAAAAGGAGGAACUGGAGAAGCAGAAAGCCGAACUUCAGCAGGAGGUGGAGAAGCUGGCAUCGGAGAACGCCAGUAUGAAAUUAGAGCUUGACGCCCUGCGGUCCAAGUAUGAGGCCUUGCAGAGUUUCGCCAGGACCGUGGCCAGAGGACCUGUCAUGCCUGUUCGAAGUCCAAUCACCUCCGCCAUUGGCCCCAUUAUGCCAGGCAAAGUGGCUACCACAAGUGUCAUCACAAUAGUCAAAUCCAAAACCAAUGCAAGAUCUUAGUACAUACUGCUCUCGACAACGGCCAGAGCCAAACUAGUCUGUAGUAAAACUGGUUAAUCCAUAGUUAAACACAAGGUUUUUAAAAAAUAAAGGGUUCAUGCAUCUCCCCACCACCCUCCUCUGCCAAAAAUAAACAUUUCUCCAUAGGAGUAUCCAUGUUAGUGGCAACCUGGUGAAUAUACAAAGCCUUAGUUAAAAUAGCCCACCUGUAUCGUCACAGCAAACAAAAGUUUUGGCUUGGCAGCACACGCUGAGAGUUUCAUUUUGCACACGUCUCCACAGGCCUCUAGUUCUAACUGAACAACAUGAAAGUAAUUAAAUAGAGUCAGAAUCUAUUGCACUACCUAAAUGAGUGCUGUACAUUUCUUCCCCUGACUGAAGCGGUGAGCCUCAUUUACUUUGAAUAUUUUGCCACUUGAUAAAAAAUUUCACAUGAUUCGGACCCAUCGAUUUUUUUGUUGUUCUCUUUUUCUCUGCUUUGGUUUGUAACUUGAGAAAACUUUACAAAAGUUUUUUGCUGCACCUAAACGAAACGGCCUCAUAAUAUGUCUAAACAAUUGGCAAAGUUGUGCAGUGCAUUGCUGAUCUAUUAGGUUUAGUUAGUACAGUGGGACGUGCAUUUAUUGGUGAUUUUAUUUCGCAUUGAAAACCUUGUGGCUAAUUUUGUGCAUUGACCAGUCAACAGCUUCUCAUAUUCAUGCACAUCUGAACACGGUGUACCGUAUCACCAUGGAGUAAGGUAGUUCAAAUGACCUGUUCAUAUGGUUAAGUAUUCCUUUCUAUUCACAUGUUAUCAUUUCUAUAUUGACAAAUUUAUAGCAUAAAGUAGAAUUUUGGAUUUUAAUUUAUAUAUAUUUUUUAAACAAAAAUUAUUGUAAUAUGAUGCACAAUCUAUAAAAUCCCAAAAUGGAGGAGGCUGAAUUAUCGUGUCCUUUUGUGACUACAAAAUCUAACAGCAGUAUUGCAACUGCCUGCUACAAUCUAGAAUAUUGUACAAUUUCUGAAUCAUUUGAAUGGUGCAGUUUCAUAAUCAGCUCUGUUGAUGUAGAUACCUCACAUGGGCACCGUCUGAUUACUAAGAUUUUAAUUAAAAAAUAUAUUAUUAAGCAGCAAUGUACAUUUGAUGGCCAACUUGGUGGCAGAAAUUAAAAGCCUGGUAAAGUUUACACUUUUGCUGAUCUUAGCAAGAAAACGUUUCAUUAUCCAAUAGUUGAGUGUGUCUACAGUGUGGCAUUUAUAGCAAGGGGAAGGACAGAUUCCCACCAGUUCUAAGCGACCUCAUUUCCAAAUCGCGGUCCCACUGUCCCAGCACUAAAUUGUUAUAUUUUGCCUCUUACACACGUCUUUGGCUGAAGUGGUAAUAGAAAAGCAGUAAUCCGAGCACCUGAAAACACUAUUACCUGUCCUUUAGCACCCAAGGUUUUAACCUCUGAUUGUUGUGAUUCGUUGUUUGUUCCUGCGGACGAGAAUGACUAGCUGUUUCGCCUCUCACCCCCUUCCUCCUGUAAAUAACUGCUGAAUUGAACCUUUUGCUGAAAUUGCUUCUAAAGAGCAAGUGUGAGUAGAAGGGAUUGAUUAACCAUAUGAAUGAAAAUUUAUUCAGAGAAUCUUUGAUAGUAAAAGUUCUUCUUUAGUGUAUGUAUACAAAGUAUCUUUGUCAACAUGUAAGGGUAUUCGAGUUUAAUUUUUAUAAGUACACAGAUUAUCAUACAAUAUUUAUAUACAAAAAAUUCACAAAAAAAUGUUUAAUAGCUUUUACAGAUGUUUCUAGAGUGGCUUAUUGAAUUCAAUAGCUUUCCAGUGAAGCAGCGUGUUAAGUGAGUUUGGGGUGAUGUAUCUGUGAUGUGUUAAUAUGCAGGUUAGUGUUAUUUUACAGUUUAGUUCUGUAUUUAUUUGUGUGAGCACAAUGGGGUUUAUGUUGUGUGUGUGUGUAUGUUUUUUUUUCCAUAUUUCCUCCACCUGCUGCACAAGUGAACUU